AUGGCAGUUGUUGCAGUGGUGACGGUGGUGGCGGUGGUGGCAGUGGUGGCAGUGGUGGCGGUGGUGGCGGUGGUGGCGGUGGUGGCGGUGGUGGCAGUGGUGGCGGUGGUGGCAGUGGUGGCAGUGGUGGCGGUGGUGGCAGUGGUGGCAGUGGUGGCAGUGGUGGCAGGCAGUGGUGGCAGUGGUGGCAGUGGUGGCAGUGGUGGCAGUGGUGGCAGUGGUGGCAGUGGUGGCAGUGGUGGCGGUGGUGGCGGCGGUGGCGGUGGUGGCAGUGGUGGCAGUGGUGGCAGUGGUGGCAGUGGUGGCGGUGGUGGCAGUGGUGGCAGUGGUGGCGGUGGUGGCGGUGGUGGCGGUGGUGGCGGGGGUGGCGGGGGUGGCACGGCACGGAGCAUGUCGCUGCAGAGAUGGGUUCAGGAAUGGGGGGAGCGGGAGAGUGAGUGGGAAUGGGUAGUACUCAUGGGUGGGUGGUGUUGCCAAGGGCAGAAAAGACAGGAUGGUAGUGGGUAG